GACGGCCUGGACUUGCGGCACCACCUUGGCAAGGAGGUUCCGCCAGCGCCCCUCGUCGGCCUGGGCCUUCUGGGCCGCACCCGAGCGAUGCCUCGCUAUUGCGCAGCGAUUUGCUGUAAGAACCGUCGGGGACGAAACAGUAAGGACCGGAAGCUGAGUUUUUAUCCGUUUCCUCUACAUGACAAAGAAAGACUUGAAAAAUGGUUAAAGAAUAUGAAACGUGAUUCAUGGGUUCCCAGUAAAUACCAGUUCCUGUGUAGUGACCAUUUUACUCCUGACUCUCUUGACAUCAGAUGGGGUAUUCGAUAUUUGAAACAAACUGCAAUUCCAACAAUAUUUUCUUUGCCUGAAGAUAAUCAGGAAAAAGACCCUUCCAAAAAAAUAUCUCAGAAGAAAAAAUUAGAUGAUGAGAAAGAAGUAUGCCUAAAAGCCAAGUCACAAGAAUCAUUUGCAUCAAAUGAGCUAAAGAAAAAUACAGUUAAUACAGACAUUCUCCCUGAACACACAGAAUUACUUAAUUCUUCUACCUUGGUGAAGCCACCAGCUGCAAAAACAGAAGGUAUACAAAAUAACAUAUUAACUCUUAAUCUGAUUAAACAAGAUAUUGGAAAACCAGCAUCUACCUUGGAAACAUCAGUUACCCAAAACAUAGGUGGUUUUCACACAUCUUUUGAGAAUCUCAAUUCUACAACUAUUACUUUGACAACUUCAAAUUCAGAAGAUAUUCAACCAUCUUUGGAAACCCAAGAAGUACUCGAAAUCACUACGAAUCAUCUUGCUAAUGCAAACUUUACAAAUAAUUCUGUGGAAAUAAAGUCAGCACAGGAAAGUCCAUUCUUAUUCAGCACAAUUACUCAGACAGUUGAAGAAUUAAAUGCAAAUAAAGAAUCUGUUAUUGCCAUUUUUGUACCCACAGAAAAUUCCAAACCUACGAUUGAUUCUUUUGUACCUGCUCAAAAAGAAACUGUGGAAAUGGAAGAUCUAGACGCUGAAGACUCCUUAUAUAAGGAUGUAGACUAUGAGACAGAAGUUUUACAAAUUGAACAUUCUUACUGCAGACAAGAUAUAAAUAAGGAACAUCUCUGGCAGAAAGUCUCUAAACUACAUUCAAAAAUAACUCUUCUUGAGCUACAAGAACAACAGACUCUUGGAAGAUUGAAGUCUUUGGAAGCUCUUAUAAGGCAGCUAAAACAAGAAAACUGGCUCUCUGAAGAAAAUGUCAAGAUUAUAGAAAACCACUUCACAACAUAUGAAGUUACUAUGAUAUAG